UGGCCGGCCUAAUCAUGCCAGCUAAUUCGUUUCAGGUAGGAAUUUCUCAAUGUCACCCUUCAUUCUACAAACCAUUGCAUCUUAAGUUCCUAUGCACACUUCCUUUCAACUCUCAUUAGGUCUCUCUUUUUCUCAUUUCCUCUAUAUUUUUCUUCAUUAGCCUAAAUUCCAUUUUGAUUCAGGCUUUGAUCAAUUAAUAUAUAAUGGCUCAUAAAAGAGCAUGCUAUUGCCUCAUGAUGUUCUUUAUGUUGGUUAAUUUUUUUGUGCCAUCAUCGGGAGAAACAACUGGUCAAAUUUUGAUGAGGUUCAGAAACUCAUUGUCCAAUAAUAAUGCUUUAAAUAACUGGGGUAAUGAGUCUAAGUUGUGCAACUGGGCUGGUUUGUUAUGCACCAACCAGAAAUUUUCUGGCUUAAGAUUAGAGAAUAUGGGACUAGGUGGGAAGGUUGAUGUAGACACCUUGUUUGAACUCUCAAAUUUGAUGAGUUUUAGUGUCAUGAACAAUAAUUUUGAGGGUCCAAUUCCUGAAUUCAAAAAACUUGUGGGGCUAAGGGGAUUGUUUCUGUCCAAUAACAAAUACUCAGGUGAAAUUCCAGAUGAUGCUUUUGAGGGCAUGAAUCUUAAAAGGGUAUUCAUGGCAGAAAAUGGGUUCACAGGUCAGAUUCCAAUGUCCCUUGCUGUCUUGCCUAGACUUUUAGAUUUGGACUUGCAUGGGAAUAGUUUUGGAGGCAACAUACCAGAGUUUCAAGUAAAGGAUUUCAGAGUAUUUAACUUAUCAAACAACCAAUUGGAGGGUGCAAUACCCGAAAGCGUUAGCAAUGAAGAUCCGAACUCAUUUUCUGGAAACCAAGGUCUUUGUGGAAAACCUGUGAGAAACCCCUGCAAUAAGACCCCCAACAAAUCUGAGGUGCCUCCCAACCCUGCUGCCUCUUCACAUAAAGAAAAGGCAAAGAAGCACCAAAUCUUUAUACCUGUUAUAGUAGUGGUGUCAGUGGUUAUCUUGGCUUCAGUUGCAGCCCUUCAUUUUCUCCACAGCCACCGGAGAAAAAGCCGGGAUCCCCUAUUAGGCCAUCAGCUAAAUUCCCAGGACAGUGGAGGUUUCAAGGAGGCAGUAUCCAUUGAUCUGACGCAUGAUUUCAAGAAUGGUGGUGACCAGGGAGAGUUGAACUUUGUUAGGGAAGAAAAAGGGUGUUUUGAUCUGCAAGACCUUCUUAGGGCCUCAGCUGAGGUUCUUGGAAGUGGAAGUUUUGGUUCCACCUACAAGGCUAUGGUUUUGAAUGGACCAACUGUGGUAGUAAAGAGAUUUAGGCACAUGAACAAAGUUUGGAAAGAGUUCUGUGAGCACAUGCAAAAGCUUGGAAGUUUGAAACAUCCUAAUGUGCUCCCUCUUGUUGCAUUCUACUACAGGAAAGAAGAGAAGUUUUUGGUUUAUGACUAUGGUGAAAAUGGAAGCUUGGCCAGUCAUCUACAUGGUAGAAAUGGUUCUAUGCUAAAUUGGCCAACUCGUUUGAAAAUCAUAAAAGGAGUAGCCAGGGGCUUAGCAUAUCUCUACAAAGAGUUCCCCGGACAAAACCUCCCUCAUGGUCAUCUCAAAUCCUCCAAUGUGAUGCUAGACCACUCAUUUGAGCCACAAUUGACAGAGUAUGGACUUGUACCAGUGAUGAACAGAAGCCAUGCUCAGCAGUUCAUGGCAGCCUACAAGGCUCCAGAGGGGAACCAACCCAAUGAGAAAACAGAUGUUUGGUGUGUUGGGAUCCUCAUCCUGGAACUCCUGACAGGUAGGUUCCCAGCAAACUAUGUAAGACAUGGGAGGGGAGCAAAUGCAGAUUUGGCAACAUGGGUGGACUCAGUUGUGAGGGAAGAGUGGACAGGUGAGGUUUUUGAUAAGGACAUCUUGGGUGCCAGGAAUGGUGAGGGUGAGAUGCUGAAGCUGUUGAGGAUUGGGAUGUAUUGCUGUGAAUGGAGUGUGGAGAGCAGGUGGGAUUGGAGGGAAGCAGUGGCAAGGAUUGCGGAGCUUAAGGAGAAGGAUAGUGAAGAUGAAUACUCUUCAUAUGUUAGUGAAGGAGAACUGUACUCAAAGACUAUGACAGAUGAUGAUGACUUCUCUUUCUCUGUCACUGACUCACAUCAGUUUGGAACUCCAGCUGGGUAGAGUUUGUAUAUCCAUUUGAGAGUGGAACUAUAUGCCCCACCUAUUUAAAACUUUGUUUAAAAUUUAUUGUUAAAGGUCCUAUGGCCUACACUAUACAAAAAAACUGCAUUUUAAAACGCUUUAUUUUUUUCUUCUAUAGAGCGCUUUUUAAAUUUUAAUAAAAGAACUUUAGUAUGAGU